GUGAACAGCGAGGUAUACUUAAUACUGCACAUAAGAAGAAAAGAAGAAAAACUUUUAACGCAGCAGCAUUGCUUAAACAGAUACGCUUUUACACGCCAUAUUGCCACAGGUAGGAUAAGGACAAUAAUAUUACUGUAUAGCCUGUGCUUGGUGAAAAACCUGAUGGUUGAGCUUUGCUAAUUCCUUUCAGGACUCGUCAUUGCAGCUUCUAAUAAUGAGAUUGUGGUGUAGACUUCAACCAUACAGCUGCCAUUCAGGAAAAGAGAAGCCUCCAAACACUGUGUAAAUUUUUGAGAUAUUGCCGUUAAUAUUUGACCCUGUGUUGCUCUCAGCAUUGACCAGCAGUUUCUCGAAAAUGUAGCUUCUGUGACCCAUAAUAUCAGGUAUCUCGGCAGCCAAAAUAAAAAUCUACUCAUCAGGCUAGAUGUUCCUUCGUGCGACACGCAAUGACGCUGAUACACAGCUACAGGCACAGAUAUAGCAAUUGUGGAUCAGGACAACAAGCAGAGAUAUCGUAUAGCUUCGCUGCAGUUUUAUUCAGUUGGUGAAAUCAACUUGAUUUAUAUCUGACAUGGCGGACACCUCUAUCACAUGAAAGCAGCAAAGAUGUCAGCCCUGCAGAGCAGUAGGCUCCUGCCUGUAGAUGUGGCCAGAGCAGUAUUUAAACCUGUACCCGAUCUAUAUCGGGGUGCAGAGUGUCCAGUGCUAUAUGUGCGCGAGUCUUUUUUCACGCCAACUUCAGAAGAGAUUAUCAGAGGAAUUUCCAACGAAACUGAUAGCCUGGAGCAGUGGAUAUUAUCAUCAGACAUUACAGAUUCACGUGUCUUGUUUUUCAUUCUUCACGAAGCAAUCCCCAAGAUUUACAGUCGACAGCAGAUUGUUCAACUCGCACGCCUGGCAAGGAUUCAGCAUCCCAUAAUUCGAGAUUUCACCUUGCAUUCCAUACAACUACUGCUUUUAAGUCAGAGCCCCAUAAUAUUCUCUACGGACGAAUUGAGAAACACCGAGAUCUGCUUGUUUCACCUUUUGUCAGAGGUACUUACAUCACAUGAUGAUGCCACAGUCUACACCCUUGUCACAUACCUUCUGGCGCUAGUCACUUAUAUCAUGACAUGUCAUGAAGAAGAAAAUGAUGAAGAAUGCGAUCGUCACUUGACUGCCAUCACGGAUCGAGACCUUUUUAAGGAACUGAAGGAAGCAUCGGAGGAAAGUAAAAGGAAGUUGGGAGGUCAAUACACAGAUGAGUGGAUCACAGUCCUGCACAUGCACCUGUCACAGUGGGAGCAAGAAAAGUGUACAAAACUUAAUGAUAGAAUAAGCGCCAGUAACGGUUUAAAAGGUAAUGGUUGGAACCAGCCAAACAAGGAGGCCAGGGAAGAAUUUGAACUACUGCUUCUUAUUUCAACUCUAAUUAAGCUUAACAGAGAAUGGAGCAGCACCUUGCACCCUCAGCGCAUGCUUUGCAUGAUCCAGAAAUUCAAAGAAAAAGACUUCACAAGGAAAUCACUUAAAGUUUUGUCAGCAAAUAUCAGUAUUUAUGGACUGUGUCGGUUUUUGGAGCAAGAAAUAAGACCAGCAAAAAUGAUGUCUAGUAGAACAUUUACUGAUGUCAUAAAUGAGGCAAUGGCCCUACUGUCUCACUUGAUUUUGUGGCUUGACAAUGAGGAUCAAACUUGGGUACUUGGCAAACUGACUAUGCUACUCCUCCAUCACAACGAGCACAUACGGAAGCAGUCUACAAAGCUGUACAACCUUGACGGCAUACAUGCAUGCACGACCUCCAGUUUGUGGAAAAGAUUGCUAGAGACUACGCAACAUCUUUUGUGUCCUAUGCUGCAUGAUGUAAAUGCAGAUAAACUACAAAAUGGGCGCUUUGGCUGGACAGUGAUAAAGCACAACUUUGGUGGUGAUGAAAACCAUGUUUUGACUCAUGUCUUAUGUCCUUCGAUCGAAGAGCACCAGAAUGAAAUCUGCUGUAGUUUGAAAGAUGAGAGAUUGAAUGAACUUCUACUUCUCGAGAAGCUUAAUCAUCCUCAUAUUGUACAGCUUCAAGCCUUCAAUGAUAGCUGCUGGCCGCAGUUCUACAUCACUGAAGACUACCUGACUUGUGCACUGCAGACAACCCUUGUCAACAAAAGUAGAAAUGGCCACUUUUUCUCCUUAACAGAGUUAAUAAUCUUUUUGAUGGAAACCAUGGAAGGAGUGCAGUAUAUCCACAACAACAAUAUUGUGCACAGGGACUUGACAGCCGCAAACGUCUUCAUCAGCGCAAGCAGACAGGUCAAGCUGAGUGGACUUAUCCAUGCUCGUGAAGUAACAGGAGACACGAUCACAGAUUACAAAUGCUCAUUCAUACCAACAAGAUGGAGUGCCCCUGAGUCCCUGAAAAGAGGCGUGUUCUCUAAAAUGUCUGACAUGUGGAUGAUCGGCCAUCUACUCUAUGAAGUGCUGACGCACGGCCGACUGCCUUAUUCUGAGAUGAAGCAAAGUGACACAGAACUGAUGCCAAUGGUGGUAGACGGCAGGAGAAGACUUUGUGAAGAAGCGUGUAUUCCCGGUCCUGUCCGCGAUCUCAUUGUCCAACUGACGACCAUACAGACCUCGUCACGUCUAGCAGAAGUCAAGGUUGUCAGCGAUGUACUGCACACUCUUCCUAUGCAGGAUGAUUUGAAAAAUGCAACAUUUCCAGAUAUAAGCAGAGAAGGUGAAGGAGCAACAGAACAUAAAAAGGGACCUGUGACUACAGUGAAUGAGAUGUUUUUGAAAAGCAGCGAUAAUAUGACGAGAACUGUGAUAGAUCUUCUCGAUGAUCACAAUAUUGGCCAAAAUGAUCACCUGCUGACUCACCAAGAAAAGUUUACAGAAGCAUGCCAAGAAGAUUUUUGUUUUGUUUUACCACUUCUUACCAAAGAUUAUCUGCCUGGAAUACCCCAGUUGAUUGCCCAGCCAAAGACGACCUUAGAGGGAACUGAGAUUUCUUUUGUCGUUAUGGCAGAGAACGGGAUGUGUUCCCUUGAAAAGGCCGUCGAGACAAGAUGGCUAGGAAACAGCAUCGAUAAGUACAUCGAGUGUCUUGAAAGAAUUGCUUCAGUCAUCGCCACUUUACACGCACGUCGACUCGUUUUGUGUGAUUUUUCUGCAGACAUGAUCUACAUUGAGAAAGAUUCAACGUCUGAGCAUCUGAAAAAUGUCUGGAUUGCAUCCAUUGCCAAUAUGCGCAUCCUCCAGGAGUGCACUGACGAGGAAGAUCAGCACAAACAAAUGCCUCAACAUUGCAAACCCUCUAGCAGGAUGGCACCAGAAGUUGUCAUGGGUGGGCACUACUCACCCUCCUCUGACGUCUUUUGUUUUGGUCACUUGAUGAGCUGGCUCUUCGAUGCCCUCUAUAAACCUAAAGAUUAUAUUGGCGACUCUAUGUCUUACCAUUCUCCAGCAAUCCCAGAAUCAAAGAUCGAGAGAGGAGCCUUGGGCGCUAGGUCAUUGCCAAUGACACCCUGUGUUUGUACCGACGAAAUUUAUGGUCUCAUGGCGCAGUGCUUGAAAGAUGCAAAAUCUGAGCGAAUUUCAAUAGAAUCUUUGCUUCAAAAUCUCCCGAGAUUGAAAGAGUCUCACCUCACAGGAAGCCAUUGUAACAACUCAAUAGAGGAUGAUACUUCAUCAUAUAAACCUAUUUCGCUUCUGCUAAAUGAAGAAAACAAGAACACGUAUGCUCAAGAGAUCCUUUCUAACAACUAUCUGCACAAGAACGAUUCAAAACAAAAGGUUGUAAGCACUGAGGAAGAUUCGAACAUUUUUCAUAUGAGUGAAAGAUUUAAAAACACACCCUGCGAAGAACAUACCAAAAAUAUGGUUUCCUUUUCGGAUGAUGCUUUGGACGACUUUGACAGAAACAAUACAUCUUAUAGCCCAAUGAGACAAGUACCGAGUAUUUCAAAAUAUGAUGUUAAAAAGAAAGCCUUGCCAUCAGUGUUAGAGGGCGAAAAGUUGAUUGAUAUUUUGAGCAAUAAGUUACCCACAUACGAACGAACAAUCAUUCCAGAACCAGGAAUAGAUUUCCAGUGGCCAUCAGCAAUACGCGGGAAUCCACCAGUAGAUGCUUCUCUAAAGUAUUCAUCUUUUGAGGGAUUUUCACCAUUAUCUUCAUGCAAAUCGAUGUUGCCACCUUCAGUCCCUUUUCUGCCUGACACACCUAUAUUCGGUGAUCAAGAAUGUAUACGGCUAAGCAAUCAGGAAAAAAAAUGCGUUACAGAAAACCCAGACUCUAAUUGUCCAGUACGGAAAAAAGGAAGAAGUCAGUCAGCCGCCGUUAAAGAAUAUUUAUAUGAUGUAGAGGAAACCUUGUGUAAUCUUGUGAAUUUGAAGGAAAUCAAAGAACGGUCAGGUGCAAAGCUAAGCAUUCAAAUUUCAAAGCAACCGGGUAAGAAAACUUUUGCGAUCCGUGGCACCCGCAGUCAAAUUCAGAAAGCCUUGGAAAUGUUAACCACUAGGACAGGGAUAAAGGAUGAAGUUCUGGCGAAAGCGCUAAACGACUGGCUUCACUGGGUUGAAAACUCAUUUCCUGACCUCGAACGUCGAGCCCAUUUCCUGCCGCCAGUCUGCAUGAGACGAGUACCAACAAGUGAAGAUGUGUUUGCAAACCAGAAGGUUUUCUUGCUAGGAGGUAAGCACGACAGCCAAGGGGCACAAGUUUCUACUCCACUUUCUGUACAGGAGAGUGACAUGAUGGACGAUGAAGCCUUACAGCGAGUCCUCUUCAAUCUCACGAAGUUCUCGACUAUUUACCCUGAAGUGUUCAUGUGUCUCAGCCAAUUUCCGUUUGGCUCGUAUCUGGGUGAACAAUGCUUUUAUCCGGCUUCUUCUCAUCUUCCAUUGCCCACAAACUUGGACUUAACAAAAAAAGUAGAACAGAGCUGUAGGCAAGGUGACUUUGAUGUUCUCCUUAUUCACAGAGUCUACGGCUUUGUUAUAAUCGAGAUAAAGGCUGUAGGUUACAACAUUGAAAAAUCAACUGAUAAGCGUCUCGAUGUGGCGAAAAAACUGAAACAAGCUGUUACUCAGUUGGACAAAGCGAAAACAAUGCUGGAACACCUGGUAUCAGACAUUGCUCCCGGAGUGCGCAUCACUAAAUUCAUCGCUUGUCCCAAUCUACAAACAUACCAGCUACACGAAGUCCUGAAUAUUAAUCAAAACCUGUUAAAGGAUCUCCAUCAAUGUUCCGAACGAGCGAAUUCCGCUGACGUUUCAAGUAUGAUUCUCUGUGAUGAUCAUCUGUAUGCUACUGGAAAAUCAGAAAGUGUCAAUGACACUAAGAUGAAGAAUCUGUUAAAGUGGUGGAAUGAUUUUAUUGCUGAAUAUGGACCUGACCCACUGUUACAAAGCCAUCCUGACUUGUAUAAGAAGCUGAUAGCAAGGUUUUGUGGACCAGCCUCUACUGUAAAAGUGCGGUGUAUAACAGAGCCUCGUGUGUCCAUCAAAACACUAGACCAGGCAGUGGCUAUUGUGGGAGAUUGUUACACGGCUCAUAUUGUACUCCAUCCAAAGCAACUCAAACUCCUACAAAGCUCUUUUCCAAGGGUUUUUAUUGCUGGCCCUCCUGGCACAGGGAAAACUGUUGUACUGCUCCUGAAAGCCACAGAAUGGUUACUACAUGGCAACAAUGUCUGUAUUUUGAGUACCUGGGAACGUAGUGUUGCUGCAGCAUUCAUGAUGUACCACCUGCUGAAGCACACACUUUCAACACAACUAAGUACUGACAAUCCUGGAAGUGUUGAAAUGCUAAAGAUGAAUAUUGAAGAUGAUGAGAGUAAGAAAUCAGCCAUAUUCCAUCUUACACAAGCGGCUAGCAAAGGACCCCUUUGUGUCAUUGCUGAUGAAGUCGGACCUAUUGCUGAGUUUCAGAGUCACAUUUUCCCAGAAUUUUGCGACGAGCUGGUGCAAAGUAAUAAGGAGCAAUGUCACAUUCUGCAUUUGUGGGCUGCAAGCUGUCAGCAUAAUAUUGCACCAGUGGAACUACAAGAUUCAAAUUUAGGAAACUGGGAAAUUAAAUAUUUUACAAAACCACUUCGCUCACCGCCGUCUGUCAUCAGAGAAGUCGAAAGGGCAACGGAAAUCAGGCGACGUAAAGUUCUUCGGUAUACUGAAAGAGGGGUGCCCGAUCAUACAGACGGUCCUCCCGUGAAGUGGAUGAAUCGCAUAUGUAUGGAUCAUGAUUCCGAAGAAAUUAAAGACUGUUUAGUUUGUGGGAGAAAUGUGGCCAGCUUCCUGUAUGAAGAACUCAGGCUGGUUAAGUCCACUGCGCCAGAUAGGACUGUGUCACCUACAACUGACAGUUGCUCAGAUGAGCGUAUUGCUACACCAAAUCUCGAGUUUAAAGACGUGAUGAUUUUGUACCGGGGAGACCUUCGAGAAGAUUCCGCCAUAAUAAUGGCACUCUUGGAAGCCGGUGUGCCAGUAAAGGUGAUGAAGGAAUCGGACAUCGAGGAUGUGGCAACAGCUUCCAGUAAUGUCUUAUGGGCAGCAAGACAACACCUUGUUAACGGCUUGGAGAAAAAAGUCGUGGUAUGUCUGGGCAAUUAUGAAGAUAACGAUAGUAGGUAUCCAUCCACCCGACUUCAAGCAAUGUCGAGGUGUUCAUCACAGCUGGUAGUUGUGUGCCCUGAAACCAAUGGAACUGGUCAACAAAAACUGCAAGGAGCUGCUUUUUCUGUAGAGACAGCUAUAUGGUGAACAUGUGAAUGUCUUUCAGCUGCGUAAACUAAGUCACAAACUUAUAUAUAUAUAGUCCUUGUACAAUCGUGACAAUUUAUAAUGGAGUGCAAUGUCUAUUUAGGUUAAACUGACCUUAGAAAUCGUAUAGUAGUGAAACAUUGACACUUUGUUAAGCCCACAGGGCUGUGUAUAUGCCUUUUAUUGUGGUGCAGUCAUGAUAAACCUCAUUGGUCAAAUACUGAAAGAAUGAACGGUUCAUGUACUGCACUACUUUCCUCUGUAGAUUUGCACAGAGCCAUAAAAACUUACAUAUACACAAUUGCCAGAAAACAAAGUACUAGUUUUUUUUAUAUUUUUAUAUUUUUUUUUACAGAACAGAAAACAGUAUUCCAAAUCUUGCUUAUUUUCAUUCGCUCGCUCAUUCCCUCGGUCACUCAGUGAGUGAUGGGCAAUAAUCCAUGUCAUUGUCUGUAUAAAGGUAUUUCUUCUCUCUGCUAUUUUUGUAAAUUUUAGCAGUAGUUCAGCAGAAAGUCUAUAGCUAUAAAAAUUAACUCUUAACAUGAUCUCAAAUUAGGGGAUAAAGAUAUUACAAGCCAGACUAACAGUUGCUAGCUGUAUAGAAAUGAGUAUCUGUUAAUAUAAAUCUGUAUAUAUAUAAAGCACAAUGGAGCCUUGGUUAACAAACACAAUCCGUUCUGGAAAGUUGUUCGUUACUGGAAACGAUUUUCUCCCAUUAGAAAUGAAGGAAAUAGAUUUAAUUGGUUCCAAGCCCCUGUUGACUUGCUAAUAUUUGAAC